UGCCCCCGUCAGCUGAUCAGAGAGCCGCUGCGGAAUUAAGUCGCGUUGCUGCGAUAUUUUCAUAAAAUCAACGACAGAACGAAUAUGAGACGAUAAAGAGCGACUCCGUAUCACAGAGAACAUGACAGGAAACAGUCUGGUAUUACCCAUAGUUCUGUGGGGCCACAAUGCGCCCACUCACUGCAUCUCCAGCCUGCUGGUGAUGGACGAUCUGGCCACCAUCAUCACCGGCUGCCAUGAUGGACAGAUCUGCAUCUGGGACAUGACCCCAGAGCUGGAGAUCAAUCCUCGCGCUCUGCUGUUCGGACACACGGCUUCUGUCACCUGUCUGUCCAAGGCCAGCGCAGGAAGUGACAAACAAUACCUCGUCAGCGCCUCCGAAAGCGGGGAAAUGUGUUUAUGGGACGUCAAUGAUGGACGCUGUAUUGAGUUCACCAAACUGGCCUGUGCACACACCGGAAUACAGUUUUAUCAGUUCACCAUCGGCACACAGAGGGAGGGCCGUCUUCUGUGUCAUGGGCAUUACCCAGAAAUCCUUGUAGUGGACGCUACCAGUCUAGAGGUCCUUUACUCGCUCGUGUCCAAGAUUUCGCCUGACUGGAUCAGUUCCAUGAGCAUCAUUCGCUCGCAUCGCACGCAAGGUAACCGCUGCUGUUUUGGCAUGUGA